UGAAUCAAGUUUGUUUGGGUACCAUAGCAACGCAAAAACCAAAACUGAACCUGAAAAGAGAACAAUUCAAUCACGACAGAACAGUAUCGUAUACCACGGAUACGGAAAAUCUUGUGAAUAAGUAUUUCCGAGAAAAAUAUUUAUCAAACAUGUUACGAGGAGCCAAUACCGGCACCAUACUAUGCGAAGAACAGUCCAAAUUCGUCCUCGAACGGAUCAGCACCGUUGAAAAGCAUUUCAGUGAACUGUGCGAAGCGUUUGCCGAGUUCACGCGGAAGGUGGCCCGUUUGCGUGACAAAUCCGACGAGUUGGCUCACACGACGCAGGAUUUCUCUAGUGUGGAAAAGUACAACAAAUCACUGUCGAGUGGUCUAUCGAGCCUGUCCAAGGCGAUCACGUUGCUCGGCGAUUUUCAAGACUUGCAGGUAAAGAGACUGGAGAAUCGGAUUGUUUCGGAACUGUCUCAGUACGAAGUUGUGUGCAAACACUGCAAAGACAGUGUGAAGGAUGCAAUUAUAAGCAGGGAUAAAGAAUUAGCUAAGCGGAAACAGCUGGACCAGGCCAGGACAAGAAUUGCUCGAGGUAAUAGAACUUCCAAGGACUCGGAGUUGAUCAAAUCCAACAUGGAAGUCUCCAAAAGUUUGAAAGAAAUAGAAGAAAUCGUUGGAAAAUUCGAAAAGCAGAAAUUAACAGAUUUGAAGAAUCUGUUGAUGGAAUUUGUAAUGAUAGAGUUGAAAUUUCACACCAACGCCGUUGAAGUACUGUCCGCUACGUAUCAGGACAUUUCUGACAUUGACGAGCAAAAGGACUAUCAGGGAUUUUACAAAGAAAUCAAACGCCAAAACAGGCAAUUCAAAAAAUACCUGCAACAGGACGAGCUCUCUGAUCGAUACUUUCUGCAACGGAUCAAAUCGCAAUCGAUGGGCGCCCUUAGUUCGAUGUUUGCAGCCAGUUCUACCGGCAAUCGGAAAAACAAAAGCUUGAGUUCAACGUCUUUGAACUCAUCUCAGGAGCAGGAAACGAGCCCAGUUACUACUGUCACUCAUCAAGAUUCGUCUCGGAUGGUUACUGCAAAACGGAAGGGCAGUGUAGCAGCAACUGGUCCGAAUUCCGUCGAAUCAAUGGAUUCAACGAAACUUUCCAAUGAUUCCAAAUCAACAACAGAGAACAGUGAUACGGAUGACGAUUCGGAUACUGCUACCGAUUCUGACGAACAAGCGGCGAAACUGUCUCACCAAAACCUCAAAGAGGUUGGCAAGGUUGAUCCAAAAUUUACUAUUAUUAGACUCAAAGAUUACAACUAAGAAGGUGGAUUAGUUUAGUAUUAAAAAAACAUCUGAAUUUUCACAGAAUCUAGAAGAACCCUUCAAUGUAAUGCACAAAAGCCAAAGUCCCACUACGAA